AUGGUUCGUGCGGCGACCACCUCGAAGCCCAAGAAAAAGCCCGCGGACUUCAAGCGGCCCAAGCGUAAAGUCGGUCGACGCGCCGCCCCCGCAGCCAACGUCACGUCUGUCGGCAUCACCUCGCGUCGCAUCAAUUUGCUCGAGCAGUCGCUGCUACAAGACAAGACGAAUGCCGCCCAGUUGACGCACCGACGCCAGGCUCUGCCGGAGCUGCUGCAACAGAUUGGACAUUACAAUGCGCACAUGCGGCAGCGUGCGUUGCAGGGACUGAAGGAACUGGCGACCCAAGAUACGGCCAGGAACCUUCGGGCCAAUGCGUCGGUGCUGCUAGAGCGCUUUUUGCCUGCGCUCUUGGACGAAGAAGGCGUCGUGCGGGACGCGGCAGUGCAGGCGUGGAAAGCGAUGCUGUCGGUGCUGUCCAGUGCCUUGAAACCGUUCGCGACGCUCGUGGUCACGUACCUUUGCAGUGGCCUGACGCAUUUGCAGGUCGGGGUGCGGCAAGAUGCACUGAAAGCCAUAAACGAGCUCGUAAAUAUUGCGCCCGAGCUGCUGCAACUAGAUGCUGGACGAGAAGCUCGAAGCAGACUGCUGGACAACUUUCGAGACUUGAUUGGCGCUGCGCAGACACAAGGGAUCCGGAUGAAAAAUACUUACGACGUGUUGGUCGUGGCCUCAGAGCCAAGUGGUAGUCGCGGUCACAAUAAGCGAGCGGACGGACGUCAGAAAGUGAAGAGUUGCAAGAAAGCUGAUGGACCGUCCGGUGCAUUGGCGCUGCGCUUUGUGGCGCUCAAGGUACUGCAUAAAGUGCUACUGGCGGUUGGCGCAGAACGGAGAAGCAACAGGAUAAAGGAGACAACACAGAGUGCACAGUCGACUGCGGAGGUGCCAAUGAUCAAGACGCUGUUGUUGUACCCGACCCCGCAACUAGUUGCGCCAGGCAUGCUUGCCGCUGCUACUGCUGCGUCAUUGAUGACAAACGCUGCCGGGAAGACAGGUUGUGCGUCGUGGCAAGAGAAGGCGCGCACUUUGUUACCGGCUCUGUUGGAGUUGUGGCUUGAGUGUCUAGAUGGGAGUAGCGACGCGCUGUCGGACGUGCACGUGGAGCACAUGACGUAUAUCGUGGAGUGCACGACGGCUGUGGUUAGUGCCAAUACGAGCUUGCUGGAUGUGGAUGCGGAUGUAUCAGAAAACGCCGAGUUUUUCCAAAUAACGUUGAAGCUGCGCGAGCAACUUCUCGCACCGGAGAGCUUUCCGAUGCUACCGAGUGCGAGUGCAGCCCUUUCUGUCACUUCAGACGGCUCAGGAGCACUUUCGCGAUGGCAUGGUUUGAACGUCUCGCUUGCAAAGUUAGCGUGUGAGUUUCUUCGUCUUCCCGCCUUGAUGCGUGAUUCUGACAAGAGUGCACCACCGGGGGAGACAUUAAAGCAUCGUGUAUGCACGUACGUGACCACAACUUUAGUCAAGUACAAGGAGACGGCCGAACUUCGCGCUGUCGCCAGUAUGCAGAAUGUACUUCGGCCUCUGUUGGAGGUCGUUGAGCUUGUUUUGCUCUCAUUUUCACAGCUUGAAGAUCCUUUGGACGUUGGAAUGACGACGGAUGGCGAGCAGACUCGCAUACUGGAUGCGGUGACUCAGUUCUAUGUGCUUUGCACGCCAACGUCGGUGAGUUUUCGCACCUGCACGGCAUUUGUUAUAAAGCAGUUGGAUAUUGCGCUGCGUGGUCAACAGCGACGGAGACAAAAACUAGAGUGGCCUAUGGUAAUGCAGUGGGUGGUCUGCCUUGCCGAGCUUCUUAGUCAACUUGAUUUGCAGCACAUGGAACUUGGCAGACGCAGUUUGCGUGCGUUAAUUUCUGUUCUUAAGCAGCUCCCUGCUGAUUUCGCGAGCGGUGAUCAGAUGGACGGCGUGUUAACGAACCUCUCGAAUUUUUUCAACUUGGCAGCAGUGCCUUCUUCGUCAGUGCCGGAAGACGGGCAUCAAAGGAUGCUAGCUAGGACGCGCUUCGACGCUUUGGGUGCGGCAGACCAGCUAGCUUUCGCGGCCAUUCUUUAUCACUUACCUCGGUAUCCUGUGCAUCUACUGCGCGCGCUUGCAAGCUGUUGCAAGAGUCCACGUAUCUACAAUGAGGCGAAAAGCUUUCUUGUAGACAUAUUGUUCCAGCGGCGCGAAGCUGUGGAUCUUGCCCACAUUGUGAGCUUUUUCGUCAGCACAGCGCUUGCGCCGGUUGAUGCAAAUCCUCAAAUUCAGCAACAGCAACUACAGCUUGUUGAUCAUGUGUGUCGCACGUUUGUUGCGAUGAAGUUGGGGAAUUUACUGCCGAAAAUUUUGGCGCCAACGUUGGCGAAAGCUCAAAGUCGCGAGGGAAUGACCUCGAUAGAACUGCACACAUCGGUAUUGCUAUAUCGCGCGUGCUUAUCCUCUGCUAUCACACAUGGUGCCGAGUCUCUUCAGCAGCGCACUGAGAUUCCCGCGGAGAUGGAGCGAGAGCUGGUAAGCUUGAGUGUCAAAGUUUUGGAAAAGUACUAUGCGUCGUUGACAACCGAGCAGUCGACAGUGUCGGACGAAAAUGAUUCUCGACAACAAGAGCGGUUACUUGUGUUAACGUGCAUAUCGACUCUGGCUCUCGGAGAGAUUACCAUUUUUGCGAGAUUUUUAGAUGAGUUGCUGGCGGUGGAACAGUCCUGCCUUGUUUUGACUUGUCAUCUGCGUGUGCUACAAGCGCUUGUGCGGAGUUCAAAUCUGGCAGGCGCAUUCAGGCGUCACCAAGAUCGCGUGGAGCAGCUUCUGCAAUUGGUGGAGCAGCAAUGCGCUGAUGAACGUGAUAUUUCGCCGCUUGUGCGGCAACUGCGUGGAGACUCUGAGCUGCUGUCAGUUGGUCAGUUGGUAGACAGCUGUUCCACGUAG